AUGUCCUCUGAGCAGCAACGAAUAGACGAGCUCCUGCAACGAUAUUUGCUUCUCGUAGAUGAAUAUUCACGUCUCCGAGAGAACCUGGCCUCAUUGCAGCGUGGCGUGUUUCAAGAUAUCGCGAGAGCCAAUUUCGGAGCAGAGCGCGGCCUAAGAUAUGGACAAGACCACUACGAUGAGCGAAUGAAGGCGUCCAAACAAGUUACAAUAGUCGAAAGCGAGGGCUCAAAGCUCCCAAUAUUCACAGUAUACAACAAGAAGCCUCAGCCUGAGACAGAAAAAGCCGACGCUACACCCAGCGACGAUGGCGUUGAUCAUGACGAAUCCGCAUCAACCGCAGCAUCACCGCGGAAAAAAGCUACCAAUCCUCUGAGCUGGUUUGGUGUUUUGUCACCCCCUCAGAUUAGGUCUGCACAAAGCCAGUCAAUACAAGUCAUAGACGAUAUUAUACCUCGGCUCACUACCAUUGAUGCGGAGAUGCGCCAUGUGGAAAUUGAGGUGCGCCGGGCUCGCAAACGAAGAGCGAAGGCUAAAAAUGAAGUAUAA